UUAUAUAUCUAAUUCCUAAUUCUGCAAAACCCUCUCCGCCCUCUCUGAGUUUCAAUCCUUUAACCUCCAUCACCGCCACCAUGAAUCCCUCAGCUCUCAGGCUCGACUCGUCGGCAAUCUACGCGCCGCCGAUUCCUCCUCCGUAUCGGAGCGGGGGUCAAGGCUGUAGGUUUCUCCCGCUUCAGCUAAGGAAGAUGGCCGCCCCUGGUUUUUCUCUCACUGUGUGCUCCGCCAAGCAAACAUCGGCUGUGAUGGAGUCCGGGGAGGCAACCGAGUCGAAACUGAGUCGGAUUGAGUCGCUUAGUCAGGUCUCAGGUGUUCUAGGGUGCCAGUGGGGCGAUGAAGGCAAAGGCAAGCUCGUUGACGUUUUAGCUAAGCAUUUUGACGUCGUCGCUCGUUGUCAGGGCGGUGCUAAUGCUGGGCACACCAUCUACAAUUCAGAGGGGAAGAAGUUUGCACUUCACCUUGUUCCCUCUGGGAUUCUUAACGAGGAGACUAUUUGUGUCAUUGGUAAUGGAGUAGUGGUGCACCUGCCAGGACUUUUUAAGGAAAUUGAUGGCCUUGAAUCUAAUGGAGUCUCAUGCAAAGGAAGGAUCUUGGUGUCUGAUCGGGCUCAUCUUUUAUUUGAUUUUCAUCAAGAAGUGGAUGGGCUGCGCGAGGCUGAACUGGCUAAAUCCUUUAUUGGCACCACAAGGAGAGGAAUUGGGCCUUGUUAUUCGAGUAAGGUGAUUAGAAAUGGCAUCAGAGUAGGUGACCUGAGGCACAUGGAUACUUUCCCUCAAAAGCUUGAUCUUUUACUAUCAGAUGCAGCUUCGAGAUUUCCUGGUUUUAACUAUGGUCCUGACAUGCUCAGGGAGGAAGUUGAACGAUACAAAAAAUUUGCUGAGAGGUUGGAACCUUUCAUAACUGAUACAGUUCAUUACAUGAGUGAAACUAUUUCUCAGAACAAGAAGGUUUUAGUAGAAGGCGGUCAGGCUACUAUGUUGGACAUCGAUUUUGGAACAUAUCCCUUUGUGACUUCCUCAAGUCCUUCUGCUGGUGGAAUCUGCACAGGUUUAGGCAUUGCUCCUAGAGUUGUUGGUGACCUUAUCGGAGUGGUUAAAGCAUACACCACAAGGGUUGGUUCAGGUCCUUUCCCAACAGAAAUCUUGGGUAAAGGUGGUGACUUGCUUCGGUUUGCUGGGCAAGAGUUUGGAACAACAACUGGUCGCCCUCGUCGCUGUGGCUGGCUUGACAUAGUUGCUUUGAAAUACUGCUGCCAGAUAAAUGGAUUUUCCUCUCUGAACCUCACUAAACUUGAUGUAUUAUCAGAUCUUGAAGAAAUCGAGAUUGGUGUUUCUUACAAACAACUUGAUGGUUCACCAAUCAGAUCAUUCCCUGCAGAUCUUAGAAUCCUUGAUCAAGUUAAGGUGGAAUACGAAGUUUUGCCUGGUUGGCAGUCUGACAUUUCCUCUGUCCGAAAGUAUUCUGAACUUCCUUCAGCCGCACGCCAAUAUGUAGAAAGGAUAGAGGAGCUUGUUGGUGUACCUGUCCAUUACAUUGGAGUUGGACCCGGACGGGAUGCCCUCAUAUACAAGUGAUUUUAAGCUCAGACUUUUUAUCACCAAAGUUGAUUCUAAUAUCAUGGAGGACAGGUUGUGGCAUCCUUUAAGUCGGUCAGCCAAACUUUUAUUCAUCUUCGGAAUAUCAAUUUGACACCACAAUGUUGUAAUAUCAGUCACGCGGUCUUCAUGCAUAUUCGGUCGUGCUCUUAUGAGUUUCCUUUCAUCUUUGUAAGUUAUUGUUAUCUUUCAAGCUAAACUUUAGAUGGUAUUGACCUAUUGCUGCUUGAACCUCUCCAAUGCUUUCCUUAAAUAAAGGAGAUUACUGAGCUGAUUCAACUUACUUUACCUUUGAGCUAUGUUCAACUUCUAUCU